AUGAAUUGGAGCACAAGUAUUGAUUGUUGCAACUGGGAUGGUAUCACCUGCAACCACUUCACCGGUGAUGUUAUUGGUAUUGACCUGAGUUAUGGUAUGCUACAAGGUACCAUCCAUCCUAACACCACCCUUUUCGAUCUUCCUCAUCUACAAAGGCUCAACCUUGCAUAUAAUAAUUUUAAUGCUUCCCAACUUCCACGUGAAAUUGGUAGGUUUUCAAAUAGUCUCACACAUCUCAACAUCUCUUCAUGUGGGUUUACCGGUGAUAUUCCUUGGGAAAUCUUAUUUCUCCCUAAAUUAGUUUCUCUUGAUCUCUCUUCAAAUAAUGGAUUGCAAAUGCAUCCGUAUGUUUUAAAUAAUCUGCUACAAAAUUCAACUCAUUUGAGAGAGGUUGCCAUGGCUCAUGUUGAUAUAGAAGAAAUUAAUCUUGGCUUUAACUUGUUUAGUGGAGGGUUACCAUUAGAGUUGUUCAAGUGUCGUUCAUUAAAAGUGUUACUCCUUCGUGAUCAGAACCUAUUUGAUGGCGAGGUUAAUCAAGGCUUGAAUUCUUCGUUAUUUAUCCAACUUGUUAACCUCAAUUUCCUAGACCUUCAAUCGAAUAGUUUCAAAGGUGUAUGGAAUUUCGAAACUUUGUUAUCAAGCCUACCAAACCUUACAGGACUCGAUCUCUCCUAUAGUGGCUUAACUGUUCUCAGCCACAAUUCUACCACCUAUGUCAACCCUAAUUUUUGGUUCUUAAAUUUGGCAUCUUGCAACCUAAAUGCGUUUCCAAAGUCCUUACGAGCUAUGAAAAAUCUUCAAUAUUUAUUAUUAUAUGGCAACAACAUACAGGGUCGCAUCCCCGAUUUGGCUGGAGAGAUAGGAGGAAAUCGGUUGAUUGCUGUGGAUCUCUCAAAUAACUCCAUAACAGGCUUGCCGCAGUUUCAAUGGGAUGGAAUAACUCAACUAUCCUUCCAGUCCAACAUGAUUCAAGGACCAUUCCCUCCAUCAAUUUGCAACAUGAGCAAUCUACAAUAUCUCGAUCUAUCCAAUAAUAGUAUUGAUGGAGUGAUUCCACAAUGCAUCGGAAACAUCCAUUCUCUCGGGAUGCUACAUUUGGGGGCCAAUCUUUUUAAUGGCACCAUUCCAGAUGCAUGCACAGAUUAUGGACAGUUGACAUGGUUCAUGUCAACUGAAAACUAA